AAUAAUAAAAGUUCAUGUCAUUGUUUACAUUUUGUAAGUUAUUGUAGAUCACAUGACCAAUCAUAUGACCUGACCUAUUUACUGUCCUUCAGCAAUUUUGAUUUUCUAGGACAUUUCGCACCGACUUGAACGCCAAAGACAACUGAUAAAAUGGCUUCAAUGCGAUCGGGAACUAGGCUAUUUAGGUUCAUAAACAGCUCAAGAGUUGGUGUUAGGAACCUGAGCAAGAAACAGGCUGGAACAGGAUAUGCUGCAUUCCGUCCAGUCCUUCUGGGUGGUAUUGCUAUAGGGACUGGGUCCUACCUUGCUUAUGAGGCCUACAAGAACAAGAGUGAAUUGAUGGCACCAUUGAAGGUGGCCCAUGCAGCUACUCCUGCUGAACCACAACCCUCAGUGGUAAGCCAAACCAAAAGCCAUGCUCUCUAUCUUUGGAUUAACUUAAAGCCAUCGGCUGAUGUCAAGGCAUGUGCCAAGGUCGCAGCAAAGCUUCAAGAUAUGGUAAAUGCUGUCACUCCUCCCAAAGAUGCUGAUGAUGACACUGAAAUCUGGGCCGGGGUAGGAUUCGGGCCAAACUUCUAUGCGCAAGUUGCUGGGAAAACAAAGAAGAACUACAACUACCCACAUAGAAAGGGUGCCCUUGGGGAUAUGCCAAGUUCAGGUGGCGACAUCUUUGUACAUGCCAAGAGUGACUCCAACAGCAAAUUGUUUGAGCUUGCCCACAAGUUUGUGACCAGCUUGCCUAAAGAUUCUGUGGAUAACCAUGAAGAUAUCUACAGUUGGGUGUACAAGAAUGGACGGGAUCUUUCAGGCUUUAUUGAUGGAACUGAGAACCCUGCAGAUGAUGAGCAUCGUACAACAGUUGCAGUGGAGCCAGAAACUGGAGGCAGUUAUGUCAUCACACAGAAGUGGGUACAUAACCUCAAUGUAAUCAACUCUGAGAAAGACAAAACCCUUGAGAGCUGGGUUGGACGACGCAAAGAAGACAGCAUUGAAUUAUCACGUAAAAGCAUUUCAUCACACGUUGCCAGGAUGACUGGUGGAAAUAACUUUGAGCAGAAGAAGGUGUUUGAAAUUGUCCGUCAAUCCAUGCCUUUUGGUACCGUAAGUGACAAAGCUGGUCUCUUCUUCAUUGGUUAUGCAGCCUCCCCUGAACAGCAUGAAUACAUGCUGGAUCGCAUGGUGGGCGCUGGUGGAGAUGGCCAUAGCGAUGACAUCAUGAGGUUAUCCGAAUGUGUAAAGGGAACAUAUUGGUAUUUCCCAGGUUCCGGAGAACUCAAGAAAUUGUAAAAUGCAAAUGUGAAAUCUCUCAGAUUAUCAGUUAUCUGAAUAUAUGAUGAUAAUGAUAACUCAAACUGUAAUACAGAAAAUGGGAAUGAUUAUUUGAAGGAUUGAAUCAAACGAAUCAGUGGCAGUAAUUUUUUUUUUUAUUUGACAUGAGAACUAUUAGAAUACAUGUACAUGGUACAUGUAUGUCAUAAAAUUGUUAUGUAAUAAUGAUGUAAUCAAACUAUUGUAGUUUAGAUCAUUAUAUUCUGUUGCAUGAGCUGAAAAAUAUUUUUAAAUGUGUUCAUAUUAGUAUUAUUAGUAUUUGAUACUCUAUAGUCUGUACCUUUUUACAUAAAAAACAAUCUAGAAAGAAAAUGGUGAAGGAAAUGUAAUGUAUGCACUAAAACAAAUAAAUGAUCAUAUAAUUGAUUGAUUGAGGACAUUUAACGUGCCUCGAAAUUAUGAUAAAUGAGAUUAUGAUAAAUGGUGCACAAUUAAAUAAACAUUAGAAUGUAUAUAUACAAUCAUUGCGCUUAAUAAAAAUAUAAUGGAUAGUUAAUCAAUAAGUAAUGAGUGCAAAACACAAAUACACCAAUUGAUUUUGUUAACAGUCAGAGAAAUUAUUAUUGUUUAUAAGCUUUGUUAUUCUUUUGAUUAACAAUAGCACAGAUCAUAAAACAUGACACCGAAUAGGAUAUGUAUGUGAAAUAUUGCAAUAAUGAUAUAUUAAUUGAAAUGUGAUAUGUAGUUAGCCUUUAUAAAUUGAAUGAAAUAUAUUUUGUUAUAAUCAAUUUGCAUGUAUUCUGUUAUUGUUGAACAUUUUUGUUUAAGUGACUGAAUGCU